CCUGUCAGUUCUAUGAUGAAAAAGGAGGCAAAACCUGGAAAGAGAAUGGUUGUUACACCAAUAGUACUAGAGAUGAUGUUGUGGAGUGCUCCUGUGACCAUAUGACCCCUUUUGCUGUGCUUCUAUCUAACUUGGAGAUAUCCGAAGAGCAGUGGAAAAUUCUGUCGUCCAUCAGCUACGUAGGCUGCGGUCUGUCUGCCUUCUUUUCUGCUUCCACUGUCUUGUCGUUCAUGUUCAUCAGGAUCGCAAGGGCAGAAGUGUCCAGCAGCAUCCAUGUGUCUCUGAGUGGCGCUCUGUUUCUCCUCAACAUCAGCUUCAUGCUCAGCGAAUGGACUGCCACACUGGGAAUGGACGGAUUCUGUGUGUUUAUCGCUGUGAUGAUACACUACAGCCUGCUGUCUUGUUUCACAUGGAUGGCUAUUGAAGCCUUGCACCUGUACCUUCUUCUCAUCAGAGUGUUCAACAUUUACAUCAGACACUACAUGGUCAAGUUGUCCCUGGUCGGAUGGGGAGUCCCUGCUAUUGUUGUUGGAGCCUUGUUGUCGGUUUAUAAGACUAAGUCUUUUUAUGGCAAAAAUGAGAUGACAUUAUCAGACACUAAUAAAACAAAUGCAAUUUGCUGGAUCAAAGAGCCUUCCGUCCUGUAUGGCGUGAACCUUUCCUACUUCACCGUCAUAUUCCUGUUCAAUUUAGGAAUCCUAAUCACAGUGUCCAGACAGAUCUUUAAGCUGCGACAUGUGGGCAGCAUGCAUGGCAAGAUGCCAGUCUGGAAGGACGCGGGCACAGUGUUGGGCCUCAUGUCUCUGAUGGGAACAACAUGGGGUUUGGCCUUCUUCAGCAUUGGAUUUACCAACUACGUUAUACUCUACCUGUUCUGCAUCUUUAACUCAAUGCAAGGGUUUUACAUCUUUUUGUGGAUGUGUGGUACAAUGAGGAAAAACAGAGCGCAAACAGCUCAAUCCAAGACUAAAUCCAGUGUGGACAUCUCUAAAUGAGGAGUUUUCUUACUAAAACC